CCAUAAGAAGCCAAAAAAAAAAAAAAAAAGAAACAAGGGAAAGCAAAGCAUGGGAGAAGAGAAAGAGAAUGCACAAGAGAGAGUGGUUGACAUUAGUCUCAAGGAUCUCUCAAAGAAGCUUGAGGAAUUUGCCAGGGUCAGAGAUUGGGAGAAAUACCACAGUCCUAGGAAUCUACUUCUUGCUAUGGUUGGAGAAGUAGGGGAGCUAUCAGAGAUAUUCCAAUGGAGAGGAGAAGUGGACAAAGGGUUGCCAAAUUGGGAGGAAUCAGAAAAAGAACAUCUUGGGGAAGAACUUUCUGAUGUACUUUUGUACCUCAUUAGAUUGUCUGAUAUUUGUGGCAUUGAUCUUGGUGAUGCUGCUUCAAGAAAACUUGUUAAGAAUGCCAUCAAAUAUCCACCACCACCACCCAAGGUUUUAUGAGUUGCCUUUGCUUUGCCUGCAACUUUGUAUGAAACCACAAUUUGAUGGGUAAAUAUACAAAGAGACUCUAUUUUAGGUA